AUGACGACGCCCCAAACGCCGCCGGUGCCGACGACGUCGGACGAGGAGCUCGCCUGGGCCGAGAAGGGGACCUUGCUCAGACGCGUCAAACGGUACGUCAUCUGAAAUUUUAGAUUCUGAGGAUUCCUUCCUUUCUCUAGUGAUAAUUUUUCGAUAAAGCAGACUUCGAUUGAAAUUCCAAAAGUCCAUCAAAAAUUUUCAUCCUAGCUCAAAAUUUUCACUAAAAUUCAAGAUUUGUGUCGAAAUUUGAGCGAAAAAAGGACGAAAAACGUUAUUUUUGUCGUGGUAAAGUCUGGUAUUUGACUAGAAGAAUAUUUGCGCCCUUCGGGUCGGCCCGGCAGUUUUUGCUUGAGGCUAAGCUAAGGCCGGGGCGGGUCGGGCUUAAAAUGGUGGGGCCAGCCCUGCUUCGAGCCAGACGGCAUGUAAGCGCUCAUGCUCUAGAUGAGAGAGCAUGUAGAAUGCGGAGACGGCGUCGGUGAUGUGGAUUAAAGAGUAUGGUAAACGUGGAGACAUCAGCCAGUCUCCGAGUUCUCGGCGCUUUCUAACCUGAUCCAUGCACGCUUACAUGCCCUGUCUUCCCUUAACAAGGUAGGUCAUUUUUACUCUGCGGUUGGGAAUUCCCUGAAAAUCCGUCAGAACACUCCUUAGAGUACCAGAAAAGGAUCCUGAAAGCCACAAGCUGCCCAACUUCCUAUGAGGGCCAAAAGAAAAAUAAAAAAUCAGUCAAAAGGCCAUUUUUGGGACUUCGACCCCUUCUUGAAAACUAGGAAGUUGUGCAGAUUGAGACCUUCAAGACCCUAAUUAGAUACCUCAAAGGAGAUUGUGAUAAAUUUUCAAAAAAAUUCUCAACCGCAAAGUGAAACGACCUCCCUUGUAAGUGACAGUCAAAAGCGUCGUUUUGAGCCCAAAAUCAGACAGAGAAUGUUUUUUUUUUUCGAAAAAUGGCAAGACCUACCUAGUUUUAAUCACCUAAUUUUCUUAUUUCAGAGGGAAAAUCCAAGAUUUGAGUCUGUUUUCGAUCAAAAAUCGAAAAUAUCUCAACUACCUGUCGUCCUACUGCUUCAAAUUCCUUCCCAAUUCGCUAAAAUCAGGUUUUUUUGUUUUGAAUAUUUGAAAAAAAUUUUUACGCAAUUUCUUUUUCUUCAUUCAUUCGUUUCGUGUUUUUUUUAAAAUCAUAUUUGAGUUUCCAAAUAACUUUUUUUUCUUGCUCAAAAUCAUCAAUAUUUCCGAAAUAGUUGGCUUUAGUUUCCCUUUAUUUUUCGUAUUCAUCUUCAGAACUGUAAAUUUCCGUUGUUUUUCUCCAAUUCUUGUCAUUUUCUCAGGUCAAUUUGCCGAUUUUUUUCCCUUCACCCAAAAAACAAAAACAAGAAUAUUUUUGUUUACCAUGUCCCGAAUCAAUUAUCUGUGAGAAAACUUAAUAUUUUUUCUGUUAAGUUAUUUUUUUAUAAAUUAUUAUACUAAUUUAUCAUUUUAUCUGUAUUUCUCAGUUAAUUUUAUCCAUCAAAACAACCACACUUUUUUUUCGAUCCUCUUUGUUUGCUAGCCCACUCCGAAAGACACUUAUUUACCCAUUACAUCGGGUUUGAAACCAGUUUUCGGCCACUUUUGACCUUCACUUUUUCUUCUUCUUUUUUUGCCUAUUAAUCUCCAUUUUUGCAGUGAAACUUUCGGACCUUUUGGAAGUGAGAACCGGGUACAAUACGGACAAUUUGCACAAGGCUGCCAAAAAGUAUGAAUUCCAGGAAGCUGCGCCGGUGAGUUUGAAAAAAUAGACUUCUUUCAAGUCAUUCAGAAAACUAUAAGAGAAAAAAAGUAUUCAAAAAAACCCAAAAAAAUAUUUUUUUCAAAGAUAAAAAUCAGAACUUUCACUAUAGACCUGUAAACUGCGAAAAAAACGGGUCUGACCAUUUUUUUAAAUCAUUUUUUUCAUUGGAUAGGCAAUAAAUACAGUUAGGUAAGUGAAAAAAAUAGACUUUUGAGAAAAUAUUUAUUUGACAAAAAAUCGGAUCGGGUCCCAUAUGCAAAUUCGGUAAGGGUGAAAAAAGGCUCCAUAAUAAUUUUCCUUUUUUGCUGCCUUUUUGCACCAUUUCAUCGGCUGUUAUUCACCAUUUUUGCUGCCUCUCCCUUUUUCCACCAUUUCUUAAGCCUUUAAAAUCUCAUAUAAUAUCGAAGGCUCGAGAAAGGGACUCUUUUUGCUGCCUUUUUGCGGCCUUUCUGCGACCUUUUUGGAUCCUCUCCUUUUUAGCAGCCAUUAUCCACCAUUCCGACUUUGCCCGAGUCCAAAAAUAUGCUGCUGACAAUUUUAAAUUUUAGAAAAAAACGACAUAAUUUUUUUCCCAGGAGUCCCAAUGCUUUUCUGUGAUCUUCACCCACGCAAAGUUCCUCCACAAGGCGGUCGAUUUUGUGGCCGAUUCUAAAGAGGUUUCGGACUAGUUUUCUCACUUCUAAUAAUUCAAGUUCCUCAGGGUCGCGACAAAUGGGUAACUGUCCUGAAUCACCUCAUUUCCGUGGCCAAACAACAGAGGGUCCAUUUCAACGAGACGGCCUGGCUCAUUGAGAAGUUCCAUCAAACCAAGUCGAAAAAGAACGGUUUUUGGUGAAAAGAAGUGUUCUGUUCAAUAUUUGAGUUGUUCAAGGGUUUUUGACGUUCGACGAGGUGUGGAACUUGCUCAAGAAGAUGAACUUGCAAAUCAGCGAACGCUAUGCGAGAGCCAUUUUCAGGGUUGGUUCUGGAUGAUUUUUUGUCUUCUUAGUGGAAAUAUAGGUCUUUUAGAUCUUUGAAAAGUUUUCUUCAUGAAAAUAGGUAUUUUAGAUCUUUUAUUGAAAACUUUGAAAAUUUGAUUUUCCGUAGUGACACCUAAUUUAGCAGAAGCUCACUUCACAUUUGGUGAAAUUGAAAAAAAGUUCCUUCAUUUUUAUUCGGUUUCUUUUUUUAAAGUUUUCAUCGACUAGCUAACGAACAAAUUACUUACAAGGAAGGAAAUUUUGGUUUUUAGAAAAUUGAUAAAGUCCACAUAAGAACAUUUAAAGUUGUAGAAAAACAUUUCCUAGAUUUUCUUCGGCUAUUUUUGAAAAUGUUCAUUAACUUUUUAUCGGACUACAAAAAAUUAUUUUGGUUUGAAUUUAGAAAUUUCCCAGAAUAUUCAGAAGACUAUUUUGAGUUUUAGAUGAAGGUUCCCACUGCGCAAAUUUUAAUUACGGAAAUGUGAAUUUUCAAAAUCGCCUUCAGAAGAUCUGAACAGUCAAGCAAUACAUAGCAACUUUAAAAAUUGCGAAAAUCUCUAAAAUAAAAAUGUUUCUAAGUAGUAACUAUGAGGAAUUUUUACAUGGACUGCCUUGAAGUUUCUGGCGGUUUUUUCAGAAAAUAUCCAAGCUUAAAAUAAGACUAACUAACCUGUAAGGACUUUUAAGUCUUAUUAUGUAAAAAUUUAACAGAAAGAUUAAAUAAACCGGGUAGGAUUCUCAGAGGAUAACUUUUAUAAUAAUCCAGGAAUCGGAGAUCGAAAGUGAACGUGACGAUAUGUUGAACGAAAAAGAGUUCCUCAACUUUUUCGAAAGGCUGACCGACAGGCCAGACCUGCGCUUCGUCAUGCAACAAGCGAGUUCCGACGGCGUCGAAACCCUCACUGUCCCAGAACUUCAGCAGUUCUUGACCGAAGAACAAGGAGUACGAAAUAAAUAUCCCUUUUUCUUUGAUGAAAUACAUUUUUAUAGUUCACUGACGUGGAUGCCGACAAGGCCGAAGCGAUUCUCGACAAUUUCGAACAAACUAAACAGGAUAGUUCGAUGCCGAAGCUCAUUGGGGUUAUUGGUGAGUUUUGGAAUCGUGAAAUGAGGGUAAAAACGUUCCCUAGUAAGAGAUCUUACGAUCUUACAUAUUUUCAACCUGUUUUUCAAGUCAUGAUUUUCUUUAAAACUUUAAAAAAUUGUUGAAACUUGCUCAAUUAUUUUUUCAAUACACUCAAAACUUAUGCAAGAGAUCACAUUAUACCAAAAAAAUCAUAUACUUUUCAUGUUGAAACUCGAAAAAUUCUAGGUAUGCGAAGGCUGAUGCAAUCUCGGUGGGGAGGCAUAACCAAGCCCGGCAUGGAAGGCGUUUUUAUGGUAAUCUUAUGUGUAUUUCUCAAAAUUUUCUCUUGUUUUCAGGACAUGGACCAGCCACUCUCCCACUAUUUCUGCAAUUCGUCCCACAAUACGUAUUUGACGGGGCUGCAGAUGAAAGGCGAAGCCACGGUGGAGGGUUACAUCGCCGCUUUGCGAAAAGGAGCACGUCUUCUCGAAUGUUGGUUCGACAAAAAACAGAGAAAAAGCAAGCCGAAAAAAAAAGAAAGAGGGGAAUUCCACAGUUAGAAGGGACUUCACAGUUUCUGAAAUCGCAUCAAAAAUCGUUUUUAUUCAAUAUUUCCUGCUCGGUAAUGUUGAUUUUGAACGUAAAAGUUUUAAAAUUCACUUUUUGACCUUUGCCAAGCCUACCAGAGCCUAUGAAGCUGUUUCUACGAUGAAUUAUUCAACUGUAAUCGUUGAAAAUGCUGGCAUCAAAUAUUUAUUGAACAUUUUCCUCUAUGAGAACUUAUCUAGAGCAUUAGAGAUAUUAAACUAAUUUAAAAGAAAAAAAAAUGGAUUUUUAUUAAAGUGAGAACAAAUGUUGUAUGCUAGUAGUUUUUAGUAAUUUUGUAAGAAAAGUGUAAAUUUGAUUUUUUUCAAAAAUUGGGAGAUUUUUUGAAAAAAAGGAAAAUCACAUGCAUCCGUGAAAAUAUUGGACAAGGGGGAUAAGAAGAAAAUUCAUUUUUUCAAGUCCUCCUUAUUUUUCUCCAAAAUUUUCAGUGGACCUGUUCGAUGGUGAACACGGUGAGCCGGUUAUCACCCAUAAAAGGACGUUUAUCGAAUCGAUCACCUUGCGAAACUCUUUGGAGGCCAUCAAGGUGAUCCUAAGCUCUAUUCUUGAAGAAAUUCAAAAAAUCCAGAGAUGCGCCUUUGAAACGAGCCCCUAUCCGGUCAUUCUAACCAUUGAGAAUCACGUCGGACUUGUUCAGCAGAAAGUGAUGGCUGAGAUUUUCCAGGAGGUUCCCACUAAUCAAUAAUAUUCCUUUCUCACAGUAAUAACUUCCAGAUCCUGGGAGACAUGCUGUACAAAGCGCCACGCGAUUCGGCCCGCCAGCCACUUCCUUCGCCAAAUGAACUCAAGGGAAAAUUCAUUCUCAGGUCUUACAGAGAAAUAACUUUUUCGAAGAUUUUCCUAACUUCAGAGGCAAGAAAAUCUUCACGUCUGAUGAGGUGGAGGACAACGAGGAGGAUGAAUCUCCUACGGUACAUCAAAUUUUGAGGAAAAAGUAGAAGUUUUGAGAAAAUUCAGAAGCCAACACAUCACAUCCCCUUGGACCCGUCUUUUUCGGAGCUGAUUGGCCUGCCUUCCGUCAAAUUGACAACGAAUAUCUUCCACGACAUUAGCAAGCGUAAUUCUUAGUUCAUUCUAGAAUAUUCAGUGGAAGCAGUCGAAUAAUAUUCAAAUAUUGAGCGCAUUAGGCGCUCUAUGGAUAAUUCAAUGGCAUAAAAAUGAAACUGUUCAAUUUCGAACAUCUUAGCGAUUCAGAAAGAAAUUCGUGAUUUUUUCAAACAGUAAGAAAUAGAAUAAAAGCUUCCUUUAUGAAUUAAGCUAAAAGCCAAGAGUUGAGAAAACACGUAUAAUUUCAAAAAAAAAUUAUCCAUAGAGCAAAAAAUAUGCUUUUUUUUUCCUUCUCUUAUAUAUUACAGCCUUAUCCGUCUUCAUUGUCAUUUUCACUAUGACGCAAAAAAAACCUAAACAAUUAAAAAUAAAAUCCCAAAAAAAAUAGAUUCUCAGAAUGAUUCUUAUACUGUAACCUAACUUUUUCCUGUCUUUAUCCGAUUUUCAUGGCUCAAUUUUUCAGCUUCAAUUAUUUCGUAUCUCUCAUUCUCACCCUUAAAAAAACUAAAAACUCUUAUUUUUCUACAAAAAAGCUCGAAAAUUACAGAUCCUCACAAUGAUCCUUAUUCUGUUAACUAGCUUUCCUUUUCCGAUUUUUAAGCUAAAUUUUUCAGCUUCAUCUUUUCCCUAUCUUUCAUUUUCACCUCCAAGAAGACAAAAAAUGAUUUUGAUUCUUAUAAAAAGCUCUGAAGCUACAGAUCCCCAUAACCAUUCUCAUUCUAUAACCUAGCUUUUUCUUGUCUUUUUCCGAUUCGUAUGGCUCUUUUAAGCUUUAGAUCUUCUGUAUCCCUCAUUCUCACCCUUAAAAAGUCAAAAAACCCUGAUUUUUCUACAAAAAAGUUCAAAAAUGACAGAUCCCGCCAACGGUUCUCCAUCCCUAUCGGAAAACAAAGUGGCGACAAUGUUCGAAGCGGCAAUUCCCAUCUUUGCCUACACCUCUGAACGUUUUGUCAAAAGCUAUCCCAAGGUAACUCAAAAUCCUAAGUGUUUCCGAAAUGGAGAAUUUCAGGGUCUCCGCCAAGAUUCUUCCAAUAUGCAUCCAGUCUUAUCUUGGAUUUGUGGAAUUCAAAGCGUCGCCAUGAACUUCCAAACUGCUGGGGAGGUUUUAAAUUCAUUUCGUAUGAUUUUUCAAGGGAUCAUUUUUCUAGGAGUUGGACCUGAACACGGGCUUUUUCAGCAUUAACGGCAACUGCGGUUACAUCCUGAAACCGAAGAUUCUUCUUGAUGGAAUCGGUAGGAAAUUCUUUCAAUAUGCAUCCAUUCAUCGGUAGGGAAUAAACUUCAGUCUCUUCUUCUUCUUCCUUCGUACCGCUUGAGCGGCGUCGGCGGUCCAAGUUGAGACGAGGUCCUAUCCUGAUAUCAGUGAUAAAGACUGACUCUAAGGACCUAACCGUGUGACGACUAAGAAAUUUGAAGCCGCGCUUUCCCCAAAAUUUCUUGAACCCCUUGGUUGGGUCCCGGCGGGGAUUGAACUUGAGAGCCUGUGGAGCACACAACCGGUUGCGCUACGGCGCGUCUGUAGAAAAAAGGAGCUAAAAUACGACAGCAAUUCCAGAAAUCUCCACGGACAGUUUUCACUUGGAAAUAGUACCAUGAGUCUCCAAGAUUAUUCUCAAAAAACCUAUUUUACUUCAAGACCCGCGAACCCUAAUCCGACCUCGUCUGAGACUUGGUAUCGGCAUUUUCUCGGCUCAAUACCUGCCGAAACCCGAGCCCGGCAAGGACAUCAUUGAUCCCUACGUCACUGUCCAAAUUUUUGGCGUCCCGCGGGAUGAAUACAAAGCCAAGACGAGGAUCAUCAAGGACAAUGGUAGUUUCUGAUUGGAAUGAAGUGAAAAGAAGGAAUUUCUACAGGAUUCAACCCAGAGUGGCGCGACAACUUCUACAUGAGCCUCUGCUGCCCUGAGCUUGCGAUGUUGCGAUUUUGUGUGAAGGUACUGGGGGAAUUUCUAGUGGUCACUAUAGUAGUCGAAUUAGUGGCCACUUUGAAGUCUACUUCGUACUACUAGACCGCUAACAAACACUAUAGUGGUCACUAAGACGCAGAAUAGGGGCUUCUACAGAGGUGGUUUCAGUGGCCACUUUAAAGUUUUUUCCAGUGAAGUCUUCAGGAACCACUCAAGUGGUCACUAGAGUUUUUCCAGUUAUAGAAAACUGUUUCUGUUCUUGUUGGACCACACUUCUUUGAAAUCUCAAAAGACGAAUUCGCGUCGAACUUCUCAAUUUUUUUCCUCUAGGACUUCGAUUCAACGUCUUCAAACGAUUUCGUCGGCGAGUUCUCCAUCCCAGUUACGGCCUUGCGACCAGGUGAUUCAAAUUCAAAAGACUUUCCAAAACUCUGAAAAAUUCCCAGGUUACUCCCAAAUUCGACUCAACACCGGCCAUCUCCAUACCGUCGACCCUUCGGCUUCACUUUUCGUCCGGAUUGCCUUGGAAGAGCUCUGA